UGAAAAAAUGAAAAUGGACGGCUGAUAGUUUCCCGUUUUGCACGUGAACAGAUAUUUUUUUAUUAUUUUACUGCAUUAAACAAACCACCGUCAAACUGGGUGCCAAAACGGUUGAGAGAUUUCUUAGCUUAGCGGACGAUAAUUUUGUGGACGAUGUUAACGAUGACUUAAAAUGUUUUUUGUCCGAAGCAAAAGUUGACAGUGUGCUGGUGUUCCCACCGGUAAGCAACUACCGGCGGUUCCUCAUCCACCGGUGCGUGGAGCAGCUCGGCCGCUCGGAGCUGGCCACCUUCUCCAUCGGGCUCAGCGACGAGAGGAGGACGGUGGUGUGCUACCGAGAUAAUCUUCUAAGUGAUGAAGCUUGCGCUCGACCGACAAUGGGCCUGAGUCAAACCGAACGGGAAGAUGCGACCAUAUCACACACAGACGCGGCGGUGGGAGGUUGCAAGCCGGCGCAGGCGCAGCGCCUCGCGCAGCCUCAGGGAAAGAUCAGAUCUGGCUCUGCGAAACCUCGCCGCCCAGAUCGCGCAGUGUACGUGCCGCGAGCACUGCGCACCAACGACAGCAACCCACCGGACGACAGCAAACCAGAGACGAACCAUCGGCGCACCAGCCACAGCGCCGAGGGACAGAAGUGCCCCAAGUCCCCUCCGCCCAAGGAAAAGUCCUCCCACGGCACCCCCAGAAAGUCCAUCGACAAAAACUUCUGCAACGUCUACACUCCGCCGCACCUCAGGACGCAGAGAUCUCACACGGGCCCCAGUAUAGGCAACCAAGCGAGCGCGAAAGAUAACGAAUCCGUGCCUUCAGCUUGCCAAGUGCCAAAUAGUGAUAGUGCAAUAUCGUUUAGUGAUAAUAGUUUUAACGAAGUAGAAGUAGGAGAGAAUUUUUAUAUAGGAGAUUAUUUCGCGAACGGGCAGCUAGGGUUCUACAGUGCGGGUUACUACACUGACCUAGCCGGAGCUGAGUACCCAGCGCAAAGUGAGUGGGAACCCAAUGAGCCCGACCAAACCAUGGCUGUAAACGAAGUGGAUCAGAGCAAUAUUAUUGAUAGUAGCGAUUAUUUAUACAGUAAGGACGAGGAUGCGGAGAAGAAAGAGUUGAAGCGUGCGUCCCAGGAGAUCAACAGAAGUAGCAAACGUAUCAUAAAACAGAGUUUUCAUUCUGAUGUCCUAGUCAUUUCGGAUCCGGUCGAAGAGAAGGUCGACACGGAAAAGGUUGAGGUUGAAGCUGUGGUUGAAGUGAAAGAACCAGAGCCGAAGAAGCCGAAGCCGAAAUUAGAAGCGAAAGUGUCGUUGAAACGGGAGGAGAACGAUUGGGAUGCAGUGUUCGAUGACAGUGGGGAGUGUUUGGAUCCGUCCCUUUUGGAGGAGUUGACUUCAACGGUGGGCAAGGUGCACAUAAGCAAGGCGAGGAACAACUACGACCAGUAUCAAACUCGUGGGCAGGCUUUGUUGAGUGGUCCGUACGAUGAGACUUUCGGGCAUGUGGUGGAAGUGUACGACUUUCCCAGUGAGUUCAAGACGAACGACCUGUUGUCAGUGUUCAGCGAGUACAAAGACACGGGCUUCGAGAUCAAGUGGGUGGACGACACGCACGCCUUGAUUGUGUUCAGCAGCGCGAAAAUUGCUGCCGAAGUGCUGUCUGCGCAGCGGCCAUUAGUGCGGUGUCGGCCGCUGCACGCCGCGACACUUGAGUCAAGGAACAAGGCCAAGAAGUGCGCGGAGUUCCUGCAGCCCUACAGACAACGCCCGGAGACUUGCACGGCGCUAGCGCGGCGGCUUGUAUCGGGAGCGCUAGGUGUCCGACUGAGCACCGCGCGUCAAGAGCGGGCCGAGGAGCGCCGCCUUAUCACGUUAGCCAGGGAAAAGAAGCGGCAAGCGGCUUUGCACAAGGAGGCUGCGUGGGACGGCUCGCUCGCCAACCACUCGCCCGAAACUUGAGGUGCAGACCGUUUCACCCGGGAUAACGUCCAUCCAGACACUACGAGCUCUCAAAUAGUAAAUGAUAUUUGUUUAUGUAACGUUAACAUAGUUUUAGACAUAGUUAUUUUUUUAAAUGCUGGACCCUAGCGAAUAGAUUACGCGCAAGAGGUUCCCGCCCUUAUGCGUACGUGUCAUAAAGUUAAGUUUCGUUCGUUAGUUAGUUUACGAUCUAGCAUAAUUUCUGUCUUGUGAUUUGACUCAAGCUUCCUGUGCAUACGACUGAUAUCAAUAUGUAGUUUUAGUUUUGUAUUUGGUUUUUAGGGGUGCUACACAUGUAAGCGGGUUAUUUGGAACAGCUGAGCGGUAAAAAAAGAUAUCGAUGUGAUUUCCAAAGGGUCCAUGUAAAAUGAAAAUAAAAUAGAGGAUCCUUGGUAUAUGGCAAUUCAUCCCAACAUUCUUAUAUUCUUGACAGCGACAGUCAUCGCAGCGAAUGAGUUUAACUUAUGUUGAACUAUCCAAUAAAGCAAAUGGUUAAUGAUACCAAAAUGUCUUGGAACCUGUGAUGUAGAUAAAUGUUUGUAAUAGACGCCAAUUCAAAGGCUGUCGUUUAAAAAAGUUUUGCUGAACCGCUUCUAUGUGUAUCACGCCUUACACUCAAUUAUUUUCUCGAUAACGCUAUAGAAAUGUGCAUUUAGUUUGUAAGCAUCGAUAAGUCACGUGACUUGUCUAUAUCAAAAUUGUAACUCGUUUCUAUGGCCUUUAUCGAACUUGGAAUAUAAGUUUUAGUACGUGGAUACACGGUGACAGUUAAAUAUAAUGGAAUUGACGUUUUAUAUGUCUGAAACUCGGUUUUGACGUUUUAAUAUCUUUCUAUUGAGAUACAAUUAUUUGUGGGACCAUAUUUUGUCCUUUAAAAGAAUUUUACCUCGAUGUAUCUGCCCUAUUUCAAUGAUCUUUGGUCAUAAUAUCUUCUUUAUAAUAAUAAUUGUGAAUAAUAAGUAUUUUAUCGUUAAAUCUACCUAAUCAGUUAUUCGCUAAGUAUUCUUGUUACCAAUGACAUUGAUCUGAUCGGCAAAGUUGCUCAUGUGUCUCUUCUAGGGCGGGGAAA